UUAUCUUUUCAGGCUCUCUCUCUCUGUCUCUCUCUCUCUCUCUCUCUGAGUUUCUUCACCGGUAAAGAACGAACGUGCUGCACGACGGGUACGCGCGAAAGCCGAAUCCGAAUAUCGCCGGCACCGAAUCGGGUAUCAUUGUAUUCGUCAUAGACUCCGAAUCUGUAAGUCUCCUAAUCCCUCCUCUGCCAUUCGUUUGAGAUAAAACCUCCCACAGUAGCAGCUCCGACCGACACCAUUUCUUUGGAAACCCUAAAUUGGUAAUCUUUUUCGAGCUAGUGCUCCGAUUAGACUUCGAUUAUUGAGACACUAAUGCUGGAUAUGGUUUUCUAAUGCUUUUAGGGUUCUUGAGGUUUCGCCGGAUUGAUAUAUUUAGAUAUCUGGUUUCUGCGAGAAAUUAGGGUUAGGGUUUUUUGGUCCGAGGCAUUGUUUGGGAAGGAGAUUGGGUAUUUUCUUGAUUUUAGGGUUUGUUUUGUUGGAUUCGAGACGGGGAAGAUAGGCGUGGGGUAGAGGAUAAUGUGUAUACUCUGUGUGAUUCAGAAGUGGUCUCGCCGGGUCGCUACGAUGCUACCUUGGUUAGUCAUUCCACUCAUAGGACUUUGGGCUCUCUCUCAUCUCUUACCGCGGCAAUUUCGGUUUGAGAUUACAUCGCCUAGGCUGGCCUGCGUGUUUGUGCUUUUGGUUACUCUCUUUUGGUAUGAGGUUUUGAUGCCAUGGCUAUCGACCUGGCGAGUUCGCAGGAAUGCCCGGCUCAGGGAGAGGAAGAGGUCUGAAGCGAUAGAAUUGCAGAAGCUUCGGAAAACCGCAACAAGGCGGUGCAGGAACUGCUUGACUCCAUAUAGGGAUCAGAAUCCUGGUGGUGGUCGGUUUAUGUGUUCGUAUUGUGGGCAUGUUUCGAAGCGGCCGGUUUUGGACUUACCCAUACCGCCUGGUAUGGGAAAUAGUGGGAUUAUUAAGGAUUUGGUUGGGAAAGGUGGGAAGAUAUUGAAUGGUAAGGUGUGGUCAGAAAAUGGAUGGAUGUGCGGUCAGGAUUGGUUGGAGAAUGGCAAUUGGGUUGGUGGGUCUGUUGCAGGGAAGUCUAGUUAUUGGAGGAAGAACGGGAAUGGUGUUUUUGGAGAGGAUGAACAUUGUUUGGCUGAGAAGUCCUAUUCGGGAGUUGUGAUUUUUGCUUACAAGCUGUUGACGUCUUUUUUCUUGGGCAUUAGGUGGCUUUGGAGAAAGAUUUUUAGGAUUAGUUCAUCUAGUGAUGAUAGUUCAUCUGAUGCUGAGCAUCGGGGGAUAUUGGCUAAGAAGGGUGAGAAUGGGGUGAACUAUCCUGAAAGUAGAGGAGAGAAAGCACGCAGGAAAGCAGAGGAGAAGAGACAGGCUAGGUUAGAGAAGGAGCUUUUGGAGGAGGAAGAGCGAAAGCAGAGGGAGGAGGUUGCAAGACUGGUGGAGGAACGUAGGAGAUUGAGGGAUGAGAAAAUGGAGGCUGAAAAAGAGCGUGGCAAAAUAUCAUCACCUGUCCGGGAGAAAGAUGGUAAGAAGGAAGCAGAAAAGAGGCGUCAUGAAAGAAGAAAAGAGAAAGACAAAGGGUCAAGUAAGAGCAAUUCUGAUGUAGAAGAGCUAGAAAAAAGAGUAGGUAAGGAGAAUGAGCGAAAGCGAGAAUCGGACAGGAAGAGCGAGAUUGAUCGUCGGGAACAUCAGAAAUCUGGGACAGAAAGUGUCAAAGGCCAGAGCACCGAGACUGGACAUGUGAUGAGAAGUAUAUCUGCAAACAGUUUUAGCCGGGGAAAUUCUGGAACUAGGUAUCUGGAUCGUAUGAGGGGUACGAUUUUUUCCUCUUCUAGAGCAUUUGGUGGUGGUGGUCUCUUUGGGAAGGGUGCUAAUACUCCUGCCACAAUUACAAAGGAAUACAAGCCUAACAGUUCUGUAGAUCAUGUCCAUACUUUUGCUCAUAAAAGAGAUUUAUUUCCACAUGAGCACGUAGCUGCCAAACCAAUUGUAAAUGGAGAUGACAAGAACAUCAAUCGCCCUGUCCUCUCAGAACCACAACCUAGGACAACACCUAAAAAAACAUGGCAACAAUUAUUUACUCGAUCAUCUGUUCCUCCAUCAAAUCCAAAUGUCAUAAGCAGACCAAAUACAAAGUUUCAAGCAGAAGUUCGAAGCCCACAGUUUUGCAGUCAAACAUCAUCGACACAAUCAUAUGAUAAUCCAAUAAGCUUUGGGCUGCCAUCACCAUUUACACUGUCUACCUAUCCCAACAGAUCUACAAGCAAUAGUUUAGGUUUUUCACCUGCAAUUGAGCCAAUCUUCCCUCGCAUUGGAGAAGUGCCUAAUGAAUUUAUACAUGAAGAGCUAGAGCUUUUUGAAGACCCGUGUUAUGUUCCUGAUCCAGUAUCCCUGCUUGGACCUGUUUCGGAGUCACUUGAUAAUUUUCAGUUGGACCUGGGCACUGGCUUUGCAACCGACACAGGAUUGGAAACGCCCCGUUCUUUAAAGAAAGUAUCUACUUCAUCCGAAGUUAACAAGCCAUCUCCAAUUGAGUGUCCGUUGUCACGAGAAAAGUAUAAUCCUAAUUGGUAUCCAGGUACCUCUGGGGCCCAAGAUGUGCAUACUUUACCUGUGAAUGAUGCUAAUACAAAUGAGAUGGGAACGUGGCAGAUGUGGAAUACUUCUCCUCUUGGUCAGGAUGGUCUAGGUUUAGUAGGAGGGCCUGCAAGCUGGCUUUUACCCUCAGAUCGGAACAGAUCAAAUAAGGAAGAUUUUGUGCAUCCUUCUCAGAAAACUACUGCUUCACUGUUUAUAAAUGAGGACCAUGUCCUGUCUGGCACUCAUUCUCCGCAGAAUGUUUUUCUUGGUAAUGGGCAGAAUGGUGGGCCAUUCGGCCCUGUCCCUGGUUCAAGUGAUAAUGAACCCUGGCUACAGAAAGCUUUAUUUCCACCAUUGUCGGGAGAAAACAAUUUUCCUCUCAAGCCUCAAGAAGAAACCAUGCAGAAUGAAAUGAUUUAUGGCAGUCCCAGCUCUGGAAGUAAACAUCCAUUUGAGCUUUCUCCUGCUAAUCGUUGGUCCAACAGAAAGGAAUGGGCUGUGCCGACUUCAGGGGAAGGUGUUGGAAAGUCAUAUGUGGCAAGGCCCCAUAUUGGGGGUCUAUUUCCCAAUCAGGAUGUACAGUCACCUUGGUGAUUCGAUUGAAAACAGUGACAGAGUGAUGAGGGACUUAAAUACACUUGUUCUCUAGAGGCAAAUAGCCUCUUUUGGAGGAGAGUCUAGAAUACUGGAUGCAUUGUAUCUUCCUGCUCAUCUUUAUAAGGGAGAUUGAUGUUUACUUACAUUUAGCAUGGAUAGGAAUACACGUGGCAUGCAUGCAUGCAUUUAUGCGGCAGGUAAGAGCUAGGCUUAAUAUAUUUCUAAUUUCUGAUUUUUA